AAGGAGGACCGCCUGGCUUACCUGAACCACCUCCUGGGGGGGGAGCUCGCCCUCCAGCUCCUCUUCAUCCUCUACGGCCUCCUGGCCCUCGCCUUCCUCUCGGGCUACUACGUGCGGGCGGCGGCGCAGGUGCUGGCCGUGCUGCUGCCUCCCGCCAUCCUCCUCAUCGACGGCAACCUGGGCUACUGGCACGACUCGCGCCGCGUCGAGUUCUGGAACCAGAUGAAGCUCAUCGGGCAAAACGUCGGCAUUUUC